GCCGCCGGGCGGUCCCCACCCCAGGCCUGCGACAGCCCGGGUCCGAGGCAGGCUCCAUAUCCUGAGCGCUGGGAUCCCCCAGGACACUGCCAGGCCCCCCAGGCCCUACCCCUGGCUCCUCCGAGUUUCUCAGGCCACAGGGUGCCUGAUACUCGGUGGCCCGGCACCUGCCCCAGCGCCUGGCCUCGCAAUGCUACCCCCUCUGUGCUCCCUCCUUCUGGCCCUGGGCCUGGGCCUGGCUGGAGCCCUCAACCCCAACGACCCCAACACCUGCAGCUUCUGGGAAAGCUUCACCAUCACCACCAAGGAGUCCCACUCCCGCCCCUUCAGCCUGCUCCCCUCGGAGCCCUGCGACCGGCCCUGGGAGAGCCCCCACAGCUGCCCCCAGCCCACGGUCGUCUACAGGCCGGUGUACCGCCAGGUGGUGAGGACAGAGCACCGGAAGCGUCUGCGGUGCUGUGUGGGCUUCUACGAGAGCCGGGGCACCUGUGUCCCUCUCUGCGCCCAGGAGUGUGUCCACGGCCACUGUGUGGCUCCCGAUCGGUGCCAGUGCGCGCAGGGCUGGCGGGGCGGCGACUGCUCCAGCGCUUGUGCCCCAGGCAUGUGGGGGCCUCAGUGUGACAAGCCCUGCCACUGCGGGAACAACAGCUCCUGUGACCCCAAGAGUGGAGCCUGCUUCUGCCCCUCCGGCCUGCAGCCCCCACGCUGCCUCCAGCCCUGCCCUUCUGGCCGGUACGGUCCUGCCUGUCAGCUACCCUGCCAGUGCCACGGAGCGCCCUGUGACCCCCGGACCGGAGCCUGCUUCUGCCCCCCAGAGAGAACGGGACCCAGCUGUGAGAUGUCCUGUCUCCCCGGCAUCGUUGACUUCUGCCCCAGCACCUACCCUUGCCACAACGGGGGUGUCUACCAGGCCUCCCAGGGCUCCUGCAGCUGCCCACCUGGUUGGAUGGGCACCAUCUGCUCCCUGCCCUGCCCAGAGGGCUUCCACGGACCCAACUGCUCCCAGGAGUGCCAAUGUCACAAUGGUGGCCUCUGUGACCGAUUCACUGGCCAGUGUCGCUGCGCUCCGGGCUACACGGGGGAUCGGUGCCGUGAGGAGUGCCCCGUGGGCCGCUUCGGCCAGGACUGUGCGGAGACGUGCGACUGCGCCCAGGGCGCGCGCUGCUUCCCGGCCAACGGCGCGUGUCUGUGCGAACACGGCUUCACCGGGGACCGCUGCACCGAGCGCCUCUGUCCCGACGGCCUCUACGGCCUCAGCUGCCAGGAGCCCUGCACCUGCGACCCGGAGCACAGCCUCAGCUGCCACCCGAUGAGCGGGGAGUGCUCGUGCCUGCCGGGCUGGGCCGGCCUGCACUGCAACGAGAGCUGCCCGCAGGACACGCACGGGCCCGGCUGCCAGGAGCACUGCCUCUGUCUCCACGGCGGCGCGUGCCAGCCCGACAGCGGCCUGUGCCGGUGCGCGCCCGGCUACACGGGCCCGCAUUGCGCUAGCCUCUGCCCCCCCGACACCUAUGGAGUCGACUGCAAGGCGCGCUGCUCCUGCGACCACGCCAUAGCCUGCUCGCCCGUCGACGGCGCCUGCGUCUGCAAGGAGGGUUGGCAACGUGGUAACUGCUCCGUGCCCUGCUCCCCCGGAACCUGGGGCUUCGGUUGCAAUGCUAGCUGCCAGUGUGCCCACGAGGCAGCCUGCAGCCCCCAAACUGGAGCCUGUACCUGCACCCCUGGGUGGCAUGGGGCCCACUGCCAGCUCCCCUGCCCGAAGGGGCAGUUUGGUGAAGGCUGUGCCAGCCGCUGUGAGUGUGACCACUCUGACGGCUGCGACCCUGUUCGUGGACACUGCCGGUGCCAGGCUGGCUGGACGGGGACCCGCUGCCACCUGCCCUGCCCCGAUGGCUUCUGGGGAGCCAACUGUAGUAAGAGCUGUACCUGCAAGAAUGGGGGCACCUGCGUCCCCGAGAACGGCAAUUGCGUGUGCGCCCCCGGAUUCCGAGGCCCCUCCUGCCAGAGAUCCUGCCAGCCUGGCCGCUAUGGCAAACGCUGUGUGCCCUGCAAGUGUGCCAACCACUCCUCCUGCCACCCCUCGGAUGGGACCUGCUACUGUCUGGCCGGCUGGACAGGCCCCGAUUGCUCCCAGCCAUGCCCUCUAGGACACUGGGGAGCCAAUUGUGCCCAGCCCUGCCAGUGCCACCAUGGAGGCACCUGCCACCCCCAGGAUGGGAGCUGUUUCUGCCCCCCAGGCUGGACUGGACACCUCUGCUUGGAAGGCUGCUCUCCCGGGAUGUUCGGAGCCAACUGCUCCCAGCCAUGCCAGUGCGGUCCUGGAGAGAGGUGCCACCCGGAGACUGGGGCCUGUGUGUGUUCCCCAGAGGACAACGGUGCACCCUGUAGGAUUGGAAACCAGGAGCCCUUCACCAUGAUGCCUACCUCUCCGGUGACCUAUAACUCGCUGGGGGCAGUGAUUGGCAUCGCAGUGCUGGGGUCCCUGGUAGUGGCCCUGCUGGCGCUGUUCAUUGGCUACCGCCAUUGGCAAAAAGGCAAAGAACAUCAACACCUGACGGUGGCCUACAGCGGCGGGCGCCUGGACAGCUCCGAGUACGUCAUGCCAGAUGUCCCCCCGAGCUACAGCCACUACUACUCCAACCCCAGCUACCACACCCUGUCACAGUGCUCCCCCAACCCCCCGCCCCCUAACAAGGUUCCAGGCAGUCAGCUGUUCACUAGCCUCCAGGUCCCCGAGCGGCCAGGGGGUGUGCAUGGCCUGGAUAACCACAGCACCCUGCCUGCUGACUGGAAGCACCGCCGGGAGCCCCCACCAGGGCCUCUGGACAGGGGUAGCGGCCGCCUGGACCGAAGCUACAGCCCCAGUUCCAGCAGCCACGGAGGUCCAGGCCCGUUCUCUAGCAAAGGGCCCAUCUCUGAGGAGGGGCUGGGGGCCAGCCUGGCUUCCCUGAGCAGCGAAAACCCCUACGCCACCAUCCGGGACCUGCCCAGCCUCCUAGGGAGCCCCCGGGAGAGCAGCUAUGUGGAGAUGAAAGGCCCUCCCUCAGGGUCCCCCCCCAGGCAGCCCGCUCAGCUCUGGGACAGCCAGAGGCGGCGCCGCCCCCAGCCACAGAGAGACAGUGGCACCUAUGAACAGCCCAGCCCUCUGACCUAUGACCGAGCCUCUGUGGGCUCCCAGCCCCCACUGCCUCCGGGCCUGCCCCCUGGCCACUACGACUCACCCAAGAACAGCCACAUCCCGGGACACUAUGACUUGCCUCCAGUACGGCACCCCCCGUCACCCCCGCUCCGGCGCCAGGACCGCUGAGGGUCAGGAUGGCAGGCAGGGACCAGCAUACCCGUUCUUUGCUGCCCGAGGUUGGGGACAGAGCCUGCUGUACCCUGCCAGGCGCAGGGAGAGGACCGGCAGACCGUGAACAUGAGCACAUUUACUAGAGGAAGUGAAUGUGGAGGGGACAGGGCCUGGCUCCCGGCUUCCAGCGUGGGAGACCCUGGUCAGCAGGAAGCCCGCGUUCCCUUUCAUCCAUGUUCCAACCUGCUGCUCCCCAAGGCCCCAGGGCCCUUGUGCAUAAACUGGUGGGAUGAAUGUUGCUAGAAAAGUCUGAUUUCAGAUUAAUGUCAAAAAUGUACAUUGGGUUCCUUUUCUGUGCACUCCCAGGCUGUGUGUGUGUGUGUGUGUGUGUGUGUGUGUAGCUUCAGAGGGCUUCGAGGCACACCGCCUGUCCUGGGGCACUCACUGUGUAGUCGAGAGGCAGCCCAAACCAGUUAACUCUAGCAAUAGCCUCUCUGGCCUCCCUGCAUCCACUUGGUACCUGCUCCAACCAACGGCUCAGAAUACAAGGUGGUUAGCUGACCUCCGCCUGAAAGUCUUCAUGGGCGCCCCAUGGCUCUUGGGCCCGAGUCAAAACUGUCAGAGGCCUUAGGGGCUCUGCUGGCCUGGCCUGUCUCUUCAGCCUCACCUGGAACUGUGUUCACUGUCACUCCGUUUCAGUCACCCUGGGCUCCAGGUCCUACCAGCCACGCUUCUUCCUACCACAGGAACUUUGCACGUCCAUCCUCUUCUCUUCCACUCACCUGUUCACUGCUGUUUGUCCUUCACAUCCUCUCUUCAUGGAAGUGCCUCUCUUGCAUUGCACGGAUUACAGCUGUGUGCGUUCACUGGAUACCUGGAGAAGGCCUUCAGGGUGCCAGCUCUCUCUGGAAUGUGUUGUUUCUUUAUGUGAUCAUUUGAUUAAUCUCUGCCUCCCCCACCAGACUGUGGGUUCCCCCAACGCAGUUACCAUGUAUUGUGCUCAACAUUGGUUCCCCUUGGCACACAGUAGGCACUCAAUAAACGUUCCCCAAAAGGCUGAA